AUGAAAAGAUUUCUCUCGUUGCUACUACUUUUGGCCCUAAGUUCAUUUACUCAUGCCGUCUUAAAAGCCUGUGUCUGCGAAGCCGGCCCUGAGGGCCCACCAGGACCAAAAGGUGACCCCGGCAUCCAAGGUGAGAAGGGACAUCCCGGCUAUCCAGGCCUUCCCGGUGCCCAGGGGCCAAUUGGUGCACAAGGUGUCAAAGGCCCCACUGGACCACAAGGUUUACAAGGUGUGAAUAGAGGUGAACGAGGUCCACCCGGUCCACAGGGACCACCUGGUAUAUGCGUAUGUCCCACAGCACGUGCUAGGGUAACACAAAUAAAAGCUUUUCCCGAGUCCACCAACACCAUUUAUAUGAAAAUGGAAAAUGGCGAGCUGACUCCCGUGCAAAAAGUACAACCAACAGCCGAGCAGAGAUCUUUAAUUGAAGCCUAUCAGAGAUCGAUGGGACAUUAUGAUGAAAAUUAUUAUGCAGAUGAUGAUGAUACUAAAAAAUAA